GCGAGGGCGCCCCGGGACGGAAGGAGCCACCAGCCUGUCGGCGCCCGCCGUUCUCGUGGUCGCCGUCGCCGUCGUCGUGGUGGUAGUCUCUGCCGUCGCCUGGGCCAUGGCCAAUUACAUCCACGUCCCGCCCGGCUCCCCCGAGGUGCCCAAGUUGGACGUCACGGUGCAGGAUCAGGAGGAGCAGCGCUGCCGGGAGGGGGCCCUCAGCCUCCUGCAACACCUGCGGCCGCACUGGGACCCUCAGGAGGUGACCCUGCAGCUUUUCACAGAUGGAAUCACAAAUAAACUUAUUGGCUGUUAUGUGAGCAAUACAAUGGAAGAUGUAGUCCUGGUGCGAAUUUAUGGCAAUAAGACUGAGUUACUGGUUGAUCGAGAUGAGGAAGUGAAGAGUUUCCGAGUGUUACAGGCUCAUGGCUGUGCACCACAACUCUACUGUACCUUCAAUAAUGGACUGUGCUAUGAAUUUAUACAGGGAGAAGCAUUGGAUCCAAAGCAUGUCUGCAACCCUGCCAUAUUCAGGCUCAUAGCACGUCAGCUUGCUAAAAUCCAUGCUAUCCAUGCACACAAUGGCUGGAUUCCCAAAUCUAAUCUAUGGCUAAAGAUGGGAAAAUAUUUCUCUCUCAUUCCCACAGGAUUUGCAGAUGAAGACCUUAAUAAAAGGUUCUUAAGUGAUAUCCCAAGCUCUCAGAUUCUUCAGGAAGAAAUGACUUGGAUGAAGGAGAUUCUUUCCAACCUGGGCUCACCUGUUGUGCUUUGCCAUAAUGACCUAUUGUGUAAGAAUAUAAUCUACAAUGAGAAACAAGGUGAUGUACAGUUCAUUGAUUAUGAAUAUUCUGGAUACAACUACCUGGCAUAUGAUAUCGGAAAUCAUUUCAAUGAAUUUGCAGGUGUGAGUGAUGUAGACUAUAGUCUCUAUCCAGACAGACAACUACAGGGCCAGUGGCUGCGUUCUUACCUUGAAGCCUACAAAGAAUAUAAAGGCUUUGGGACUGAAGUUACUGAAAAGGAGGUAGAAAUACUCUUCAUUCAGGUCAAUCAGUUUGCGUUGGCUUCUCAUUUCUUUUGGGGAUUAUGGGCUUUGAUUCAAGCCAAAUAUUCCACUAUUGAUUUUGAUUUCCUUGGGUAUGCAAUUGUUCGUUUUAACCAAUACUUUAAAAUGAAGCCUGAAGUUACUGCAUUAAAAGUGCCUGAGUAAAGAAGAGAUUUGAUUAUUUUCAAGUAGCUGAACAGUGCUUGUUGUCUUUAGAAUGAUAGCAAAUGAUUACGUGAUACAUGUAGGUUCAGAGAAAUAAAUUAAAAGCAGUUAAAUAAGGAACAUUUAGGACAUUGAUCUACUACACUUAUAAUCUAACAAAAUGUGAAUUAAAUAUUCAUGGUAGGAGGGCUUCUGUUUUAGUUUCUCUUUAUUUUGUUUGUGUAUUUUUAAUUUUGUUUGGGAGUGAGAAGGUGGCAAUUAUUAAAUGGAAGGAAGUUAGAUCUUUGCGAUAAGUAGGGUUCACGUUUUGAAGACUGCUGCUGUGUGGAGUUGAGCAGUCAUGGUUAACUUUACUUAGAAAAUUAGUCUGACAAGCUUUGCACUUUGGUCACAUAAGUGCCCAUGUACAAAGUUGACUUAAUGAAUCUGCAUAUUCAGAAUAUGCAACUACAAACAUAUCCUCUGAGAAAUCUUCUGGGGAGUUUGAUGUAUUAUUCCAAAUGACUUAUAUUCUCAGAUAAAUGCUUUAAAAUACUUGGAUUAUCUCAAGAUGUUUAAAGCUAAUAAGCAGAAACACUUAAAGGCCAUUUUAAAUGGUAAAUUCUAGUUACAUAAAUAGAAUCUUAAAAAUCUGCUUGUGUCUAUAACAGUGUUAGGCUAAGAUUUGUUUUCUACCUCCCCAAUGUUACAAAUGUUCACUUCUGUUUUUAUAAAUCAUAUUACUGUAGGAUCAAUAGAAUUUUACUUAAUUGACUAAACGAAUGGAACCAAUUAAACAAUUAAUAGCUUUUUACAUAAUGUUAGAGUGAGUUUGAAAAAUUGUUUUUGGUAGAAUUUUCAUCUGUGGUUGGUUGGAACAUUAUCUUUUUUUUUUUUUUUGGAACAUUUUCUUAGGACAAUGAAUAAUAUGUAAUACCCUUGAAUGUUUUUUUUUUUUUGUACUUCUGACUUUUUAAAGUGCAACAGUAUAUAUCUUGGAGUACUAUGGGAGAAGAGAAGAUCAGUUUUCUAUCUUACUCCAUAUUUUUCAAAUUAUUUUGAGUAGAGAUUCACUGAGCCUUUGCUGGUAGAGUGCACAUAGCUGCUGGCUGUGAUACUCUUGUGUUUCAGAGAGAUUCAUAUAGAACUCAAUGUAAAGGGGAGUAUAGGCUCUUACUUUAGCCCUAGGAGUAUGCAGUGGAAGUUGGAAACAAAAUGAGACAUUUAAGAUAUUUUCCCCACAUUAUGGCUAGAUUUUGGAUGUUGUGAUGCUCCCACUACCUGUACAGGUUUUUUGGGAUCAUGCUGCAGGCUAGUAAGAGGGUUCAAAAUUGCUUCCCUUUUUAUUGGCCAUUUAAAGGAUUCUUUCUGAAGGAGAAACAUCCCUCUAAAAUUUGUCAUAUGGCUUGCUGAGAUGUCUGUUGCCUUUUAUGUUACGCUAAGGAACUUGAAUGCCUUACCUAAUAACUCAGCUGGUAGUAAGCUCAUUUUGUAAAUAUGAAAAUGGUUGUUAGAGAAGUGGCAUUCAUGUAUACUCAUUAUUGUCAGUCAAUAGACCAUAGUGGCCUGGAUGCUUUAAUAAGCAAAAUUCCACAUUUUUCCCCCUUUUGUUCCUUACGUACUUGUAUGAUCUUACCUGACCAGUAAUACUUGUUUUUUCCCCCCUGUUGACCCUAUGCUACCACGUGAUUUUCUGGAAAUCAAAGAGAUGUGGUAGUAAAUCAUACUGUUCACAUGGUCAUUUGAGAUCAACAUGAGCACAAAACUCAACUAGGUCUGCCUGGAAUGUAUAUAAAACAGUGUAAAUAAAAAUUUGUAAAUUAGUGUGAAUUGUAUCUUGCAUAUGAGAUUGUGUAUUGUUUUGCAUUCUCUUUUGUAGGUGUUUUUUUUUUUGUUUGUUUUUUGUUUUGUUUUGUUUUUGGUAAGGAAAUGAUACAGCUCUUUGGUUUUAGACUGGAAAUAGCCAAAAAUUCUGGCUGCACAGUGGGAUAACAAGAGGAACUGGAAAUAGGGUUUAUCAGUUUUUGUUAAUGUCAGUACUUAUUUAUUUAGCCUCUCAGUGCCUAAUACGACUUUUCUUCAUUCUUUAGUUGGCCAUUAGUUUGUAUGACAUUAGACUCCUAUAAGCAGUAAAUAAAUACACUGCGAGCUCCUUUCUUUGAGUCAUGAUUCUGAGCUAAAGCAAAUUAAAAAUAUAAUGUGAUGAUUGCAGUCUGAAGUAUUAUCUUUUCCUGUUUUCAAGGUUGUUAACUGUUUUCUACAAAAAAAAAAACCUUGAAAUUUUACAUAUUUCUGUGUGAAUCUAAAUCCCAUAUAUAUGAGAUAUGAUAAUAGAUCUUAGUUCAACUUAAGCGUAUCUCAGUUGGCUUCUCUAAAUGUAAAAUUGUUCAUUAUGGAUUAUAAAAGAAAAGACAUAAGUCAUGAGUAAUCUUUUAAUGACUGCUAUUUUCAUCUUCACUAAACUACAAAUAUUUAUUUCAGCUUAUAAAUGUUACUAAAGCUUCCAGAUUUGAAGCAGAAAACUUCCCCAAGCACUCUCAAUUAAAAGUUAAAAACUUUCACUUUAAAAAUUAUAUACAUUUUUCUUUUUUUACAUUACACAAAGCUUUCUGUAUCAUUUUUAAAUUCCUUCAUAAAAGAAUGAGAAUACUAUCAGUUUGAUUUUCUGCUUUAAAUUGCUUAUAAUAAGCAUUUCAGAUGCAUUCCAAAGUGAUACAUAUUUAAGCUUCUAAUAUUAAUCAUUCAGUUGAUAAGACAAAAUCACUAAUGCUUUAUGCUAGGAGGAGAGUUUUGUUAUUGGCAGUAAACUUUACUACUUUCCUCAAAAGGCAAACACAAUUAUUGUGCACGAAGGAAAUAAAUUGUGUGUAGUAAAGCAGCUUUCUCUUUAUUUCAAAAUUGAUUAGCUCUGAUUUUUCUUCCUUAGUUUAUUAGAUUUUAGAAUGUCCUUUGGAUAUUUUAGUUAUAUAUUAAGAUAAUCUGUUUUUUUUUUUUUUUUUAAAGAUGUUAGUUACAUUGAAUCAACUUUUUUUUUCAAGUUACAUAUCACUUGUGUGAUUACAGUGUUAUGUUUUGGGUUUGAUACUUUUUGGACAGAAAGGCAUAGCAAUUAUUUUAAAUGAUUUUUUACCCAUUUUUGAAGCUUAGUCUGUGAGUGUGUUGCUAUAAAAGAAAAUACUUGGGUUUGGAUUACUUGAAUACUUGAAAACUGAAAUUAGUAAGGUAUCUUACAUAAUUCGAUUUUUCUGAACACAGUUUUUAUACAAACAACUUUAAUUUCUGCAUCAUAAUUUGAAAUAGAAGAUUUCAACUCUUUGGACAAAAAAUGAUAGGCUUAUAGACAAAUACUGUUUUGUUUUUCAGGCAUCCCAAAUUCAACUUUUUAUAGUAGAUUUCUGUCCUAGAAUCUGCUUUCUCUUUUUUCCUGUACCUAAUGCACUUACUAUGCUAUAGAUGGUAUCAAAUAGCAGGUUAAAUAAAAUCUGUGUUCAUUAUGAAUCUUUCAGCUUUUCUAGUUAUGAAAAAUUGCUCUGUAAAAUACUCUUAGUUCCUAAAUAUAGGCAUAUUUUUGUUUACAUCCUACCCAUUAAUUGUAUAAAUACCGUUAAUCAUUUUAACAAAAUGUUUAUAAAAAUUGAAAACAUUAUAUGUUAUAUUGGAACUAGUUGGUGAAGGGUAAGAAGAAGCUGGCUGAUUUGAAUUGUUUCAUUAGUUAAGUUCCAAGACUUUUUAAUAAAGGAGUUUCCAGAGAUAGGUUGAGACCUGGUAGUAUCCAUGUAAAUUAGCUUUUAUGAUCUGGAGAAAACCCCUAAAAGCAGUGGAAGAGGCAAGAGGAUUUACUUGCCAUGGUUGUGGUGUGCUACUUCAGUUUUGGUAGUAACACACUGAAGUUUUUAUUGUUCAGUAAUCUGAAGAAGUUUCCUGUUAUUUAUGUGUACUAAACGAACUAUAAAUUGGUGGAAUCUGCUAAGGGGAAACUUAAUUUUAACUGUACUGUAUUUAGGAACCUUUUUACAGCUGGGUGAAGUUUCCAUGAUUUGAAGUAUUUGAAUUUUAAAAUAUACUGUUAUCAUAAGAAAUAAGACAUGGCAUUAUUCCAUGUUCUCAAGUGAUAAUUUCCUUAUUGAGUUUCAGAAGAAAAAAACAAAAUGAAUAAUUGUCACUGCGUUAGCUGUAUGUUGAAUUGGAAAAUUGUGGCAUAAAGCUUAAAUUUGUGUUUAUCAAAUGUGAACCAUAGUAGUAUAAUGCUGCUUUGUAUAUACUGUAAGUGCUACAAAUAGUCUCAGCACUGAAAAUGUAUUGAUACCUCUCAAAUGAAUGCAAAUUUUGAUGUAGGUGUUUUGAUAUGCCUCAGAAAGUAUCUGAGUGUCUGAGAACUUGUUAAUCUGUUUGGUAAUGGAGAUACUUCCUGUUUUUUGUUGCAUAUUUUCAUGUUUAAAAUUUAAUUUUUACAUUUUUACUACUGUUAAUUUAAGUGUAAAAUUUGUUCUGUGGAUAAAAAUGGGGUUGCCAGUGAAGAAAAUGAAAAACAGCCUCAUUCAUGUAACUGCUUAAGUAAAGAUACAUUUUUGCCGUAUGUUCAUAAACUUUUAAUGAAGUUGUUUGUAUUUCUGUUUGAAUAUAAGUGACAUUUUGGCUUUAUUUCUGUUUAAUAAGGCCUUUUACCAUUGAUUAAAUGAAGGAAUGUAUCUUUUUGAAGAGAUUUAUAUUCUGUAAAUAAAAAUUGGUUGUAACAAUAAAGUUGGGUUCUAACUGCAGUGUACCAUAAA